GGCAGCUGGAGGUCGACCUUGGGGAGUUAUCAGAAUUUGCUGCGCAUUGUUAAUGUCUGAGUCUGCAUGUGACUACCUUAAGAGGUUCCUAUCAGAGGUUGAUGGUAUUCUAGGAAUAUUUGUUGCUGAUAAAGAUGGAGUAGUUAUCGCUAGUGCUUCCAUGGAUGAUAUGCCUGACCAAGCCCAUCUUCCAUAUGUAACCGCAGCAUUCAUUGUAUCUUUACAGCAAGUGAAUAAAAUGGAUCUUGGUAAAUUAGAAUGGAUGAUCACUAGUUACCAAGAGAUGGUGAUAUGCCAGUUCCACUUCUCGCAUCGGUCAACGUUCCCGUUAUUUUUGACGGUUGUUGGUUCAAGUGAUUGUAACAUUGGAGCUAUAAUUGCUCUGGAACCAUCCAUCCGUCCACUACUAAAUCGAUUGGCGCUAGAGGCAGCAUCAAGAUUACAAAAUGAAGCUAUGCUAAGCCGAACUACUAACGGUCCUUAUUUUCGAGUGUGA